GUCAUCACCUCCAGCAAGUGCCAGAGCCCGGCGGGCAGCGCUGAGGUUGCGGAGCCUGUGGCCGCGGAGCUGGCCCUGCGGGGCCCCGGGGGGGGGAGGGGGAGCCGCGAAGCCCCCGCUGCUGCCGGGCCUCCCCUCCCCCCCGGGCGGGCACCAUGCGGGGGGGCCCGGGCGACGCGGAGCGGCGGCAACGCUGGAGUCGCCUCUUCGAGGAGCUGGACAGUAACAAGGAUGGCCGAGUGGACGUGAACGAGUUGCGCCAGGGGCUGGCCAAGCUGGGCGGAGGCGACCCAGACCGCGGUGCCCAACAGGGCAUCUCCCCUGAGGGUGACGCUGACCUGGAUGGCGGGCUCGACCUGGAGGAGUUUAGCCGCUAUCUGCAGGAGCGGGAACAACGUCUCUUGCUCAUGUUCCACAGUCUUGACCGGAAUCAGGAUGGUCAUAUUGAUGUCUCUGAGAUCCAACAGAGUUUUCGAGCUCUGGGCAUUUCCAUCUCUCUGGAACAGGCAGAGAAAAUUCUGCACAGAACCUCCCCCCAGCCCCAGGCACUGAGCCUGUGCCCCCUCCACCACCCCCACCCCAGCAUGGACCGUGACGGCACAAUGACCAUCGACUGGCAGGAAUGGCGUGACCACUUCCUGCUGCAUUCUCUGGAAAACGUGGAAGAUGUACUCUAUUUCUGGAAGCAUUCCACGGUCCUGGACAUUGGCGAAUGUCUGACUGUGCCAGAUGAGUUCUCAAAGCAAGAGAAGCUGACAGGCAUGUGGUGGAAGCAGCUGGUGGCUGGCGCAGUGGCGGGUGCCGUGUCGCGGACAGGCACGGCCCCUCUGGACCGCCUCAAGGUCUUCAUGCAGGUUCAUACCUCAAAGACCAACCGACUGAACAUCUUGGGGGGCCUACAGAGCAUGAUCCGUGAGGGUGGUAUCUGCUCCCUGUGGCGUGGCAACGGUAUCAACGUGCUCAAGAUUGCACCUGAGUCGGCUAUCAAGUUCAUGGCCUAUGAACAGAUCAAGCGGGCCAUCUGUGGACAACAGGAGACACUGCAUGUGCAGGAGCGCUUUGUGGCUGGCUCCCUGGCUGGUGCCACAGCCCAAACCAUCAUUUACCCCAUGGAGGUGCUGAAGACGCGACUGACCCUACGCCUGACUGGCCAGUAUCAGGGGCUGCUGGACUGUGCAAGACGGAUCCUGGAGCAGGAGGGGCCCCGCGCCUUCUACCGCGGCUACCUGCCCAAUGUGCUGGGCAUCAUCCCCUACGCGGGCAUCGACCUGGCUGUCUAUGAGACCCUGAAGAACCGUUGGCUCCAGCAAUAUAGCCAUGACUCAGCAAACCCGGGCAUCCUCGUGCUCCUGGCCUGCGGUACCAUCUCCAGCACCUGCGGCCAGAUAGCCAGUUACCCCCUGGCCCUGGUCCGGACCCGCAUGCAGGCCCAAGCCUCCAUCGAGGGUGCCCCCCAGCUCUCCAUGCUGGGUCUGUUCCGUCACAUCCUGUCCCAGGAGGGCGUGUGGGGCCUCUACAGGGGCAUUGCCCCCAACUUCAUGAAGGUUAUUCCAGCUGUGAGCAUCUCCUAUGUGGUCUACGAGAACAUGAAGCAGGCCCUGGGGGUCACAUCCAGUGAAUGGAUCCUGGUACCCCCACCACAGGAGCACGUAUCCCCAUACCUCAACACCCAGACCUCAGCUCCCUCAGGCGUCAGACCCGGUGUCCUUGUGCAGCACUGGAUUGUAGAUCCCCAACCCCACUGGCAGAUCCCAGAUCCCCAUGCCUCAAGCCCUGGAUCUCCAAGGUCAGCCACUGGAUUCUGGAUGUCAAGAAACCUCAGCCAUCGGAUCCUGACAAUGCAUUGCCUAGAUCCUGGGGGCCCCACCACUGGAUCUCAGAUCCCCUCACACCAACCACUGGAUUCCUGAAUUCCUUUACCUUAACACUGGGUUCCAGUUCCUUCUGCGUCAACUACUGGAUCCCCACAUUUCAAGCAUUGUGCCCUCAACCCCCAACCACUGGAUCCCAUAUUUCCAAGUCCUGAUCCACCAGAUUUUAGCUCCUAAAACCACAACUGUGAGAGCCCAACCGUACAGCAAGUGGAUCCUGGCAACUGCAGCCAUUGGAUCCCAGAUUCUAGAUCCCAAAUCCCUUCACCCCAGUAUCUGGAUACUGAAACCUCAUCCCUAGAAGGCAGACUCUGAUACUCCCAAGCCCUUUACCCCUGGAUUCUCAUCUGAAUCCCCCAGGCACUAGAUCCCAAAUGCUCAGACCCCAACUCUAGAUCCCAAUAGCCCAAUCACAGCAACCUGGAUCCCAUGCACCCCCAUCCCAGAGACACUGCAGAGCCCAGAUCUCCAUACAUGGGAUCGCAUGGUCUCGGGAGCUUGCAGGGAAGCCCAGGUACCCCACCCCACCCCAUGCCUGUGUCCUGAUAUGGCUUAUCACCAGACAGCAAGGGAAGGGAGGCACCCCCCAUGACCUGCAUGGACACUGGAUCCCCCCCACCCCACCUGCUCAGCAUGGCCCCACCUUCUGGCCCUGUGGGAAAAUUGCUUUCUCUGACCACCUCCCUCCCACACCCCCACCUGUACUAAAGUGUCUUCCAUUCCCUUCCACCUUGUAAGUUAAUAACCCCCAGAACCCUUGUCCCACUGGAGGGUCCAGUCACUCAUACUUGGGGGCUGGCGAGGAGGUGAUCUGAGGCUGGUGACACAUUAAGGGGACCUCCUCACCCCAGUACUUCCACCCUCUCCCUAGGCUCCAAAGAGUUGGAAGCCAAGAGCAAAUCUACACGGACCAACCUCCCCUAAACCCAAGCAUCCAAUUAUACAAAAAUAAACAAAGAAGCUA